CUUGAAGGGAACUAGUGCGGCUCCGCGUCACUCUAACUCUAACUCUCUCCUAAUCUCUGUAUGGAUGAGAUCUGUUUGACGCGCGCUUAUCGCGUUUUUGGCGUCGCCUAUACGUAUUGGGAAUGCAACUCACUGACUUCAAGCUUCAUCUUCGUCUCACCUAUGCUUCGUUAUGACUUCACUGUGCAGUGACCCUACAACAGGUGUCACACAUCAUCUUCAGAAUGCUCUUCUGGACUUAGCUACGAACCCAUAUCCGAAUGUCCCGAGCCCACCGGAAACCAAGAAAAGAGCCUCUGUGGCAGUGAUACUAAGAAUACAGCCUACAUAUGCGUACUGGCCAGAGAACACGCCAGAGUAUAGGAGACACAAAGAGGCCGACUCUUUGCCCGGCCGCUUGAAUUCUUUCUUCAGCCAAAAUUGGACUCAACAUGGCGACCCGGAGGUACUUUUUAUCAGAAGAGCUGCCCGCCAAGGGGACAGAUGGACGAGCCAUGUAGCCUUACCUGGAGGCAAGAGAGACCCAGAGGACAAAGACGAUCAUGCAGCGGCUGUACGAGAAGCUUGGGAAGAAGUCGGUAUCGACUUGUCUGACACGCAAGCUAUCUCAGCCGGGAACCUUCCGCAAAGAGUUGUGACUACGUCCUUUGGCAAAGUCCCUCUUAUGGUCCUCUGCCCUUACGUAUUCCUCCUGACGUCCGAUAAGGCACCAUCCCUACGACUCCAACCAACCGAAGUUGCCUCGGCGCACUGGGUUCCUCUUCGAGCACUCCUAUCUUCCAAACAACGGACAUACGAGUACCAGGAUGUUUCGAACCGAUUGGCUAAGAAUGAAGUCGGUAUCAAGCGCUCAUUCUUUCGCCUUAUGCUCGGACGGAUGCUGUUCGCAGCCAUACACCUCAUACCAUCACAAAGUCAAUACUGUAGCUCCAUUGAAGAAUUCAUACCCACAGAGAGUACUAGAGAAAGUGAAAUUAGAGGACCUAAAAGAGAUUUGGCUACAAUUCUGCGAGGGGGUGUGAAGCCAUAUACCUCUUCUCCGUCAGAAAAGCCGUUGCUCCUGUGGGGCUUGACCCUGGGGGUCAUGGCGGAUUUCCUGGAAUUGCUACCACCUCAUACAGCACUUGAGCUCUGGACAUACCCUACAUUUACUCCCUGGGACGUCAGACUUACAUUGUGGGUGAUGUCAUGGCGGUUCCGGAGUCAGAAGAAAGAGGAAUUAGCAACGGAUGGGCUGGGACCUGAUGCUCUCGUUAGUGAUAGCAAUGUUUUGAACAAUGUGCAGUCGUCUCCGCUUGAAUCAUACGCAUAUCCUUAUCGGAAACCCGCGGAAUGUGGAAUCGGUGGUCUUGGAGCUGGAACGUAUUACGAUAAAAUCAGGAAGUGCCAGGUUUCUCGACAAGGAGCAAUCAGUAUUCUCCUCGAAGGCUAUUAUGAGAUAGUUCGGAAGGCUGUUGCGAUCGCACUGAUUGGUCGAUUCUCCACAGCAACGCUGGCUGCAUACCUAAUCUGGUACAAAUUCAGAAGAAAGUAAAUAAAGUUAAAGGAGCUUCAGUGUUAUUGCAGAUCAUGCAAGCUUCGGCAGGAAUGCAAAUUUCCUACUACGCUUGGUCAUGGUAGCAAUUUUUAGCAUACCCAUAACAUUAUCUUGCC